AUGGAAAAUAGUUCUCCUGUUGUUCAACAACCAACAUCAGUACAAAGGCAGACAUUCGAAAGAGAAUGGAGUAGUGGACUUUGUGCUUGUUUUGAUGACCUACCAACAUGUUGUCUAGUUCUAUUCUGUCCUCAUUGUUACAUGUGUUAUUUAUAUAAUAAAGAAGGGGAAUCGUGCUGGGUUCCAUUCUGUGGUGCAGGCAUUUUACCAUUACGUAUUAAACAUCGUGUUAUGCACAAAAUAAUGGGUACUCUAAUGAAUGAUGUUUGUAUUACAUGCUUUUGUGGACAAUUAGCUACAUGUCAAUUAAAACGUGAUAUAGAUUAUGCAAAAUCUAUCAGAAUGGAAAUUUAA